AUGAUCAAGAGGAUGGUCGAAUACUCAGGGAAGAUAUGCCUUGCUCCUAUGGUAAGAAGCGGUGAAUUGCCCAUGCGAUUAAUGGCUCUUAAAUAUGGAUGUGAUUUAGUAUGGACGCCUGAAUUGAUUGAUCGAAAAUUGGUCAAUACUAUACGUACAGUUAAUAGGGAACUUGGUACUAUAGAUUAUGUUGAAAGUGGAAAUACCAAUAGUGUUGCUUUUCGGAAACAUCCUUCGGAGACUGGAAAGUUAAUUUUACAACUUGGUUCUGCUACCCCUGAUCUUGCUGUUGAGGCUGCAAACAAAGUGAUUGAAGAUGUGGAUGGUAUAGAUUUGAAUUGUGGAUGUCCUAAACACUUUUCGACCCAUGGAGGAAUGGGUGCAAAAUUAUUAGAUACUCCUGAUAUUUUAUGUUCAAUUUUAACUAAUUUAGUUAACAAAGUUGGCAUACCGAAUAACAAACCGAUAAGUUGCAAAAUUCGGUUAUUACCUGAAUUUGAAAAAACUAAAGAAUUAAUAGAAAGAAUUUGUGAAACUGGUAUUAAAAACUUAACUAUUCAUUGUCGUACUCCAAUUAUGAGAAAUCGACAAGAUCCAUUUUGGAAUUAUUUACCUAAAUUAAUUCCUAUUAUUCAAUCAAAGGGUGUCAGUGUAAUUAUUAAUGGAAAUAUCCAAGGUGUGAAGGAUCUCCAUAACCUACAAAUGGCAAUGGAGAAUGAUAAGUUGGGUAUUAUGAUUGCAGAAGCUGCGGAGACCAAUCCUUCUGUCUUUUCAUUACAACCUAAAUCACAAAAAGAAGUAGCUUGUGAAUUAUUUGAUUUUGCAUUGAAAUAUCAUCCAUUUUCAGGUACAAAAUAUUUCUUACAAAAUAUGAUACCUGGGAAAUCACCUUAUUAUUCAUUAGUUGUAAGACUGAAGACUUAUGAACAAUUACAGGAAGUUAUAGAUAAGUUGAGACAAGAUGGGGAUGAUGUCUGGAUGAAUACUAUCGCUAAUCGUAAUUUACAAAAACAUCAUAGUAUGACAUUGGAAGAAUAUAAUUUGCAUAUGGAUGCUCGUGGUGAAGUAAUGAAACAGUUUGCUGGGAAUUGGAAUGAAGAUGAAAUGUUGAAACCAUUGAAUGACAGACCUACAAAGAGAACUCAAGAAAUCCCUCAACAUAAGAAACAGCAAUUUAAAAAGGUAAAAUCAGAUUUGGUGGCACCUCCAACCGAACUAGUCAAAGAUAUAGCUCCAGUUGUUGCAGCCGCCACCACCACAUGA